AUGAGACACCCCUUCCCCGCGGAGAGCGGCGGGGGGCGCGGCCGUGCCGUCAGCGAGCGCCCAGACGCUGUUCGUCUGGGGGCUGGAGGCGGUGCCGGGGCUGGAGGGAUUGCUGCUGCUCACUCCCUGUUUUCAGCAUUUUCCAAGUUUGGGCCGCUCUACUCGGUGCGCACGCACAGAAACGCUGCCGUGGCAGGGCCUGGUUAUUACGCUGUGCUGAAGUUUUAUUCCUCCAGAGCUGCCCACAGAGCCCAGCGCGCGUGCAACGGGCAAAGGCUCUUCCAGAAAUCUCCCUUGAAGGUCUGUGUUUGCACCAAGCAGAGAGCAUUCCAGAUGCCGGUGCUGGCUCUCAACAGCAACAAAUGCCAAGAACUGGCCAACCACUACCUUGGCUUUAACGGCUGGUCCAGUCGCAUCAUCACACUGCAGAAUGUUUCUGGCUUUGAUAAUGAGAAUGAGGAGAUGGGAAAGACCUUACAGAAGCGAUCCCUUAAAUACCUGUGUGCUGUGGAAGUGACAAUUCCCACCCACGGGGUACGCAGCAGGGGAGUUGGCCUCGCUGAGGCUGACAUAGAAAAUGGUGAAGAUCCUCUUGAGUUUGUCACAGCCACAAGAAGAGUUCAGAAACUUGCAGCUGGGAAAGCUUUAUCCAGCGCUUUUCAGAAGAUACUCCUCGUGGUUUUAGACACCGGUAAAGUGGCUGUGGAGUACAACUGCACCCAAGAGGAGCCCACAGACUCUUUAACAGAAGAGGAACUGAAGGGGCUUAUUCAGGUCAAUGAAUUGUCCUUGGUCUUGGACCAGACUGACUUUGAAGAAGUUUUGUCUGAUCUCAGCUUUGAUGAUAACCUCCCUCAACAGGAGGCACUGUCUAAUUAGUGCAGCCCAGUCUUCAGCUAUUUUGCAAAGUGC